CCGAUCCCAAUCGAGGAGGGAAUCUCCUUACGGUGGAGAAAAGAAGAGUCGAGAGUGGUGUUCCUGCGGAGGGGUUUAAGGGUUUUUGGAGCUUCGUGAGCGGCGUUAAUGGCGGAGCACGCGGAGGAGCCGACCCCGGUAGCGCCGGAGACGCCCUCGGAGAAGAUCGUGGAGGAGUUCCACGACCAGGAUUCGUCCGCGUCAUUUUCGGACCCCGACGACGACGACGACGACGAUAAGAAAUCCAAGCCGUCCACUGCCCCCGCCAAGCCGAAGAUCUUCCGUCUCUUCGGAAGGGAGAAACCCGUCCACAAAGUCCUCGGCGGCGGUAAACCGGCUGAUGUGUUUCUUUGGAGGGACAAGAAAAUCUCCGGUGGAGUGCUCGGCGGCGCAACUGCCAUCUGGGUUUUGUUUGAAUUGCUCGACUACCAUCUCCUGCUGCUGGUCUGCCGCUGCCUCAUUCUCUCGUUGGUCAUCUUGUUCCUUUGGUCCAAUGCCUCCACCUUCAUCAACAAGACGCCACCUCGGAUCCCUACGGUGAGAAUUCCUGAAGAUGCGGUUGUCAAUACUGCACGCGCUCUCUGCUACGAGAUGAAUCGGGGGUUUACCGUGCUUCGGGAAAUCGCAUUAGGACGGGACUUAAAGAAGUUUCUUGCUGUGGUUGCUGGGCUUUGGUUUCUUUCGGUGCUUGGGAGCUGCUGCGAUUUCUUGACCUUAUUCUACAUCGUGUUUGUGAUGCUUCACACGGUGCCGGUUUUGUACGAGAAGUAUGAAGACAAGGUGGAUUCCUUUGCAGAAAAGGCAAUUGCAGAGAUCAAGCAGCAGUAUGCGGUUUUCGACGCCAAGGUUCUAAGUAUGAUCCCUCGUGCCCCAGCGAAGAAUAAGAAGCACUUGUAAACAAAAACAGAAGCGCUUCUGCAGCUGUUGUAGUAGGUCUUGAAGGAGAAAUUGUUGGUUUGCUUGUUGUGGGGCUCAUUUUGGCGAGUCGUUUUACUACUUUGGUGGCUGGGUGCGCUUUGUUAUCCUUGUGUGCUGCAUUGUUUUGUUUUCUUUCAGUUUGAACUUUAGUUUUGUUGUGAACAAUUUUUGGACAUAGUUUUGUUGUAUUUUGUAUUUUAUGUGAUUGGAAGUACCAAAAUUUAGGGCAGUAAA